CACACACACACACACAGCAACAUCUUAAACAGGCAUCCUGAUCGUGUGUGUGCCCGCUGCAGGAACUCUGGAAGUCAAGGUGUCCGUCUUCAUUAAACGAUGCUUCACUACAACUGCACCUCUUCCCAAGGCUCGUACACGAUCCCAGACCCGUCAUGGUGCCCAGAAUCUGGUGAGUGCAUCAUGUGGAACGUGAGUUCAGAGGACGUGGCAGAUUUGUGCGAGAGCCGCAGCUCGUACAUGGAAAGGCAUUUAGGACCACGCCGCUCUCCGCUCUUUCUGCCUAUCUGCAUCUCCUAUUUGGUCAUCUUCUGCGUCGGAUCAGUGGGCAAUGCACUAACGUGCACCGUGAUCAUGCGCCACCGCUCCAUGCGCACACCCACCAACUUCUACCUGCUCAGCCUGGCUAUUUCAGACCUGCUCGUGCUCCUCUUGGGUUUGCCAUUGGAGCUUUAUGAGCUGUGGUCCAACUAUCCGUUCCUUCUGGGACCCGGAGGCUGCUAUUUCAAGACAUGCCUGUUUGAGAUGGUGUGUUUCGCCUCGGUGCUCAAUGUUACAGCGGUCAGCGCCGAGCGAUACCUCGCUGUCGUCCACCCGCUACGUGUUAAACACGUCAUGACACGUGGCCACGUCAGACGGGUCAUUGUUAUGUUGUGGAUCGUGUCAUUUCUUUGCGCUUUGCCCAACACGAGCUUGCACGGCAUGACAAUUUUGCCUCCAAAGUUUGGCCAGACUUUUCCCGAGUCAGCCGUAUGCGGCCUGGUAAAACCUGCAUGGAUCUACGGGCUGCUUGUCCAGCUCACUGCGCUCUUCUUCUUCCUCAUUCCCGUGAUGAGCAUCGGCACUCUCUACCUGCUCAUUGCACUCCAACUGCACCGAGAAACGCGGCUACUGCAGAACGACACCAAAGCCUGGCACUCAGGAGAGCAGAGCACGCUACAGAAAACACGCCAUUGCCAAGUCACCAAAAUGCUGUUUGUGUUGGUGGUGGUGUUUGCCAUCUGCUGGGCGCCAUUUCACAUCGACCGUGUCAUGUGGAGCUACAUCAAUGAAGGGAGCGAAGACCAGCACCGUGUCUUCGAGUUCGUUCACCUGAUCUCAGGCGUGUUCUUCUACUUGAGCUCAGCCGUUAACCCCAUCCUGUACAGCCUCAUGUCCUCGCGCUUCAGAGAGCUGUUCCGGGAGGUCGCAUGCCGAAAGAACGAGCAGAAAUUCAACCAUACGCAGAUCACCUUUCGCACCACGAUGUGAGAAAAACGGGGAUGUGUUAAUCAGACUAUUGCAAGGCACAUCGUCAUGUGUAAAUGUACAGAGAUGAAGGAUGGGAGAGUGGGCCUAUUUCCCCAAACUUACUGAAGUAUUACGAGAGGUCUAAGAACUGAUGAUACAGAUGCAUUGAUUGGAAAUAAACUGGGGAAAUGCUGUUCAGUGGCGUUGGUACUAUACACUCAGGUCUUAUUUUUACUGGUGCUUAUUAUUUGUAGUUAUUUUUCUUCACACUUACUUCUCUACUCACAACCAAAGAAUUCUUUCAUGAUGAUUGAUUUUUUUUUCAGCGACAGCAAAAUUGGGCCGAAAUUCAUACAGCAUAUAGGCAGCUUUUGUUGGCUCCAUUUCUCAAAAUAUAAACAAAUUAGCAAUUUAAAACACAUCAACCCUGACCAGGAUAAAACAGUUACUAAAGAUGAAUGAGUGAACGUUGUAAAUAUGUUGCACAGCACCAUGUUACCAUCCACGAUGCUCUCAAUGUCAAUGUCUGAAUUACUAGCUAGAAAAACACUACAUACAUGUAUUUAUUGUUUGUUUUCAUUGGUUACCAAAAAUGACCUUCAUCAGCACCAUACCUCAUACUUUCACAGGCAUGAAAUUACUUGCAAGUUCUUCACUCAGAUAACUACAGUUUUAGAAAAAAAACAAAAAAAAAAACAAGACUCUUUAAAUAGUAGUAUUAAAGACCAAAUCGAAACACAGCUAGCUAACUAAUGCUGCUUGCAAGAUUUUUAUACUGUCGCUCAGGGCAGCUAGGUUAGCUAGCUAUAAAUACAACUGUACAACACUACAAAUACAACAGUUAAAAUAGAACAAUAGCUUGGCUUUGUGUCUGUUGAAUAUCACAGAAUAUCAUAUAACAGAUUAUUAUGUUCUGUUCACAUAAACGUGAUGAUUAAAAACCUUUUUGUACAGAAUUAGCAGUGUUACUAGCGCUGGUGGUGACAUGCUAGCAUAACAUUA